UCCAAGUCAAUCCUGUACGAUCCAGCAUGGAUCUUUUCGGAAUGUUGACAGAAGAAAUGAUCUGCUGGCUAAUUUGACUUUUCUCCUGUUCGACACGUGCUUUGCGGUUCGAGGUGCGGUCUCAAUAAAGAUGUAAGAUGGUGUCACGACUCAGGUUAGUGACAUUUGACGCGACGAAUACGUUGCUGAAGUUCAAGACGUCCGUAGGCCAAGCGUAUUCUGAUGCAGCCCUUCUCCACGGUCUUUCUACGGACCCCAAGAUGGUCAGUGCAAGCUUCAAGCGUGAAUGGAAGAAAAUGGUCAAAGAAUACCCCAACUUCGGCUGCAACAGCGGCCGUACGUCCAAGGAAUGGUGGUCAGAACUCGUUCACCGAACUUUCGUUGGCUCGGGGUGCGCGGGAGUGUGUGAUGCCAAAAUAUCCAGCAUUUCCAACGAGCUGUUUGAGUCGUAUAAGACCUCGCAGUGCUGGUCAGUCGAAGAGGGCUCCGAAGAAGUAUUGCAAAAGCUCAAGCGCUCUGGGCACAAGAUAGGAAUGAUUUCAAACACCGACGAACGCCUUGAUGGGAUACUAAAACACAUGAAGUUGAGACACUACUUUGAUUUUGUAAUCGCGUCAUCGGUUGUCGGAGUUGAAAAACCUUCUAAGGAAAUAUUUGCACUCGCACUGGCGGAAGCCAGUGUCGGCGACGACAUCCAUCCUUGUGAGGCUUUGCACGUCGGGGACGACGUUGAACUCGAUUACUGUGCGUCGAAGAAUGCUGGUUGGAACGCGGUGCUCUUGGUGGACGGCAAAUCUCAUAAAAGUACAAAAGCGAUUGAGGGUGUUGUUGAUCCUGCAGAUAUUGUAUACAAGCUAAGUGACAUUGACAAAAAAGUUUUUACUGAAUCCCAACAAAAUCUCAUAAGCACACACUAAUUCAAAUCGCACUUGCUGUUGUGCGAGUUUGAUUUGUGUGCUGUGCUUUUUUAUGAACGACGAAUCUCACAAAAUAUUAAAUUGAUUGAGGAUGA